CAUGGUGCUACCGCAAACCUUUCCACCUAUUACCGUCUGAAAUUCCAUUUGUUUUAAAGUCUUUCGCGAAUACACCGCAGAUUACGAGGCAAACGACCCAAUAUCCACACACACGCCGUGUUUUUAUCACACUAAUUGGUGUAACGGUCCGUCGCUAUAACAACGAUGACGUUGCUCUAUUCCUUAUGAAGAUAAAUUGCAAGUGGCGGGAAAAGUCACGUUUGUUCUGUGGGCUCGCGGCUCAGUUCUCGUCCUUUACCUCCCAUUUUGCUUAAUAACGCUCCACCAUUAACAUAGCAGGAUGCGGGGCAUCAUUCUAAUUAAUAAAACAAACGUGAAGCGUGCCGGUAAGACAGCUUUCACUGUGCCACUAGGGACCUUAUAUUCUACUAUACGCUCAGUGUAUUACUGAAUGGCCUCUGUCUUGUUUUUUUUUAAGAAUACGGUUGAGUUAGCUAAUGCCAAAGGUUCGUUGCUGGUAUGUCUCUAUUUCAGGGUAAUGGUGGUCAUACCUGAAUUAGUUUGAACAUGCAUAGUUCGAUUAAUAGCAUGGUGGAAAGGUACUGGUAGCAUGAUACAACGUGCAGCUGCGUGGCCAAACGAUCUAUCACUAGAUGAUAUAAGAUCUGCAGAUCUUGUAUCAGUCAGCGACAGGUCGUUUGGCCAUGCAUCAUCGUCCAUGGUCUCAAUGGGUGGAAGCGCGACGGCAAAUGAAGCCUUGCCAAUUUGCUUUGUCAUUCCUGAGCCGUUGAUGUCGUCUACGGAGAUAAUGUCCACGUAAUCAAAUGACCUCCUAUGUUUAUACCCCCCCCCUCCAUUAAAAGGAUAUCGAAAGUUGACUGGGCCGCUGCCGUAGGCCUCGAACAACACUGACGAGGUACAUCGUUUACUUACUGUUUUAAACAUCUGGAAAUUUUGUCGGUGCUGAUGGUAAUGGAUGCUGGUUACCCUGCCCGAAACGCAAAACCACCUAUCCUGAUGAAGUAUCGGAACUCAUCAACCGAUGACGCGCACUUGAACAAUUCCACUUGUUGUGGAUGGUCCACCGUCGGCUCUCUCCAUCCCUCUACCAACGAGGAGAAGGUGAUGACCGACCCGGCAACACCGGCAGGUGGUAAAAAAGGCACCCCAUUUGGUGAGAGACUCAGGGGGUUUGGAGAUGCCACGACAUUCCACGGGUUGCGCUACGUCAUGAACAAUUCCUACUCACGCAGUCGAAGGUUGGUAAGAGAUUUGAGCUACAGAUUUUGUUUUAAGUUUGCUGUCUUGUUCAGUUGCUUCCUAUUUUGUCUUUUCCUCCUUGUUUUCAGGUUGUUGUGGCUCAUACUUGUGCUUGGAAUGACGACUUUCCUAGUGUAUAACAUUUUCAAAGCCAUCUUGGUCUUGCUCCGACAUCCAGAAACCAGCGCCAUCUCCCUCAACUACGUGCCCAGAAUCACUUUCCCCGCUGUCACGGUCUGCAACAUUAACCUUCUCCGGGCCAGUUCCCUGGAUGAGUCCGUCAUCGGGACGCUGGCUGCCAUCUACCAGGAGGAUCGGUCAGAUAGUACCGGCUUCGACUUCGGCCCCGUGGACGCCCUGUACCACUACCCCAACGGGAGUGACUCGUUGGAGACCAUCUUCAACGCCUCGCACCAGAUCGAGGACAUGCUGUUCAGGUGUCGGUGGCGGCACGAGAAGUGUUCCGCAGCCAACUUCACCCGGCGCCUCACCGACCACGGGGUGUGUUACACCUUCAAUGACCCUGCAGACGAGCGAGAUGCCCUGCAGGUCCAAAAUCCGGGCAGCAGUAACGGACUGUUCAUGAGACUCAACAUUGAACAGGACCUCUACACCUACGGAGAAAGCACAUCAGCUGGAAUUAAGGUCUUGCUGCAUCCGCAGGGCGAGUUCCCCAUCGUCAAGGAGUUUGCGUUUUCGCUGACACCGGGUUUCGCCACCUCGAUAGCUGUACGCAAACAGAGGGUGAGAAGCCUGAGGGCGCCAUUUAAGUCCAAUUGCACGGAGUCGAAUCUGCGGGAGUUCCCGUUUAAAUACUCGGUGGCGGCCUGUCACUUCGAGUGUCUGGUUCACUUCGUCGUCGAGCAUUGUGGGUGUCGUGACUACAGGUGGCCAGUCAAGGCCCCAAUAUGUUCCGUUGAAAAGCAAGUGACGUGUGUUUACCAUUACGAAGAUGAGUUUGCGUGGGACAGUGACAAGUGUAGCUGUCCGAUGUCUUGUGAGACGACGACGUACGAAAGCAAGAUCUCGCAAGCACAAUGGCCGGCUAAACAUUUCGACAGGGAUUUACAAGAGAAGUACAACUUGUCUCACCAAUACCUCAGGGACAACUAUCUGGAUGUUUACGUUUUCAUGGAGGAAAUUAUGUUCAUGGAAAUUGAACAGCAGGAGGCUUACACACUGGAACAUUUCGAAGGUGAUAUAGGUGGAUACAUGGGCUUACUGUGUGGCAUGAGUCUCAUCACUCUGGCGGAGUGGGUGGAUUUCAUCAUCAUCACGAUCUACAAGAGGUUUAUCAGCUCCAAACGGGUGCGCUCUCGUAACGAUGGUAACGGAAAGUGAACAUCGUGACGAGGACGACACCGAUUCGCCGCGCGAGAGCCGACCGACGUUGUUCAAGACUACGGGAAUUUACCGUUCGUUUGCGCAAUAUGGGAUACACCGACCGCCUGUUUUACGUCCAAGCUAACAUUUUGACAAGGAAAAAGCUGUUUAAUGACCAACAUCCAGGCCCGGCCAGUGUUAAAUAUACAGGACAGAUUCGGUUAGACUUACCUGUAAU